AGUGCCAACUUCAAGCCCCACCUUUACUGAAGCCAAAAAUAUCAGUUCUACGUCACUCAACCUCAAAUGGUUACCAAUCUCCUCCUCUGAUCUCCACGGGCUGAGCUUGAGCAGUUAUAUAAUCUUCUACCGUGAGAAAUCUCAACAAUACACAGUAGAUAAAAUGAAGUCYGUCCGCCCCCAAGAUACUUCAACUGUCAUCGAUGGCUUGCUAAAGUACACUGAUUACUCAUUAAGAAUUCUAGCAGCGACUGCUAACGGGAAUGGAAUACCAAGUGACCCCCUGGACGUAAAAACGGAUGAGGAUGUUCCCAGCCAAAGUCCACCAAACUUUCAAGUCGUUUCCAAGAAUUCCACUUACAUCGCGGUGCUGUGGAAYCCCAUCAACCCAGCGUAUCACCAUGGGAUAUUUAGAGGAUAUAACYUGACGCUGACCAAUCAGAAAACAGGAAAACAGAUAGCUCUUAUUUAUAGCAAGGAAAAACUGUCCAGCUUGUUCAACGGUUUGGAUGAAUACACACAUUAUGAUAUUAGAGUGUGUGGUUUUACUUCUAAAGGCUGUGGAUCGCAAAGUGUGUUGAUAGUGAGAACAGAUGAGGACAAACCAAGCUCAUCGCCAGCAAACACAAAAGUCCUCGACUUCAUCUCUACCUCAUCAAUGAAGUUGUCAUGGCAACCAAUACCAGAGGAUGACGUAAAUGGCGUGUUAAAGGGACAUAGGAUUAGAUAUACAAUAUUGAAAACAUCAGGAAAUCCUUURGAAAACGCAAAACCCAUGAURAUGACAGUUGAGCCACAMGCAACGUCGGUURUCUUGGAGAAUUUGACUUCYUAUUCWGAGUAUGAGAUUCUGUUAUCUGCGUUUACAUCGGCUGGAGAUGGGCCAACCAGUAUCGUCGUUGGAGAAACUUGCCGAUGCCCAAAGUUUAUGCCGACAAACUAUUGGCCUCAUAAACCCUACCUAACUCGAUYUAAGAACCKUACGAUWGGUGGUAUAUUCCCUCGUAUUAUUGACAGUAUGGUUGUCAGUGYUUGUGGAUCAUGCAGCAAUGGUCAUGGGAAGACAGUGGUUGAUUUUSAUUACGAUGGUCGCAAGCAGCCAUCCAUGAAACCAGGGCUGAUACCAAUGAUUGGAGGUCUUGAUCAAGGCACUGGGCUGAGCUUCCCUGUGAAUGGCAAUAARGACAUGACGAAUGUAUACGGCGAGUAUCCAUUUGUUCCUUUGGUCCAGUCCCCUGGGGUCGUUUUUCUUGCAGCAAAAAAGCUCCCUGGGAGCCACGUCCAAAAUUUAUUCAACUCUCUUAUCAAUUGUGCGCCUUUGAUUGCUAUGUCGUUUCUCAUAGCAUACUUGGCUGGCAUUACUAUGUGGGUUCUGGACUUGAAAUCAUCACAAGCGUUUCCAACCUCAUUUCUACAAGGUGCACCUGAAGGAUUGUGGUGGGCGUACAUUACCAUGACAACCGUCGGAUAUGGUGACCGSGUUCCCAAGUCGUUUUUAGCUCGUACGUUUGCUAUUCUAUGGACGCUGUACGGUAUAGUAAUUGCUUCUAUGGUAACGAGCAGCAUGACGUCAUCCUUGACWGCUGUGAUCAUACAUCCAGACAAAAAGAUAUAUGGAACGAAAAUUGCAGCUGUGUACAAGUCAUGUGAACACCGCUUAGGGAUUCUUAUGAAUGGGAUCUUUGAUGAAAACAAGGUGUACCAUAACCUGGAAGAAGUCCUUCAGGCUCUAAACCGUAGAGAGGUMGAGGGAGCCCUWGUAGACACUUACGUCGCAGAGAGCGAGACAUCAUUGUUCAAGAACAGUCAAAUCAAARUAACAAAAACUAUUGGUCGAUCCUUUGGCUAUGGUUUUGCAUUAUCGGGGGACGCAGUUAGACUGGAAAACGAGUUUAGGAAUUACUACAUGGUCAACGAGAGAAAUAUUUUGAACAUUAUUGGAGAAAAUGUGGAGUCAGGCAGUUUAAAGCUAAAUAGCGGUCAUUCAGAGGAAGAUGCACCUGUGAACAUCUUCGAUUCAUCUCUUGUGAUCUAUCAACAAACCCUUGCGGUUCUUGGAUGUCUACUCUUCUGUGCCAUCUGUAUCGGUCUGAUAUGGCAAUUAUAUUAUAAGAAGAAACAGCUUGAAAACAAAGUAAAACAUAUUAAUGAUGCUAACAUUACUCAAAGAAAAUGCCAGAAAUUCAUCACAGAAGCUCGGAAACUCGUCGAUGAGUUUUGUCGGUCAACAAGGCAGAUAUUGACAGAGAUGAAACAUCGCCACGCACUUGAACAGCAUUUGAUAGUGAUGAAAAAACAUCAGCAAUAUAGGCAUCUCAAGAAAUUCUUAGAACGUUAUAGAGAAUAGAUCUUCUGACUCAAUUUCUGGUUUUUAAUCAUUCCCAUAUAUGAGAUGUAUUAAACAUUAAAAGAACAAUGGAGGUUGGAGCUAUGUUGGAGGUUUAAACAAUAGAAACUAGAUGAGAAAUCCUUUGUUGAACUACCUCGCAAGAUGGCCGCUAGAUUGACGUAUGCUGAAAACCAGCAAUAGAGCGGAUUUCGUAUGACUGUGCAAAAGCACGGAGCACAACACGGACACGGCAAGGCACGGUCACGGAACCUCGCCUUCUAGGAUUUCCAAUGAAAGAUAAGAUUUUCCAAUGCAUCACGACUACGGCACGGUACGGACACAGCACGAACGUACCGUGUUUUUUGCACAGUCAUACGAAAUCCGCUCUAA